AGGAGGGGCUGCAGACACAUCAAAACACAGCUGAUUGCUAUCCUGACCGCAGAGCGAGACUGGCCGGCAAAGGACAGGUUUCUGGCUCCCUCAGCCCCUCGACAGCUCGGACGCCGGGAUCCCCGGGUACCGCUGCCGUUAUAACCCAAGAUCCUGCCGGGCACAGACCCCCCUCUAGCUCCCAGAAUCCUCCGCUGUGUUCCUGUUGUAAUGUAGACAGCGAUACGCUGCAUGUGAACUGUGGGGAGAAGCCCCCUCUUUGUAUAUAUCCAUAUAUUUUAUUGGUGGGCUCCGUAAGGGGUGAAUACGGGGAAACGAGCGAGAUCUGCGAAGACAUGAAGCUUUAUUUGGGAUUGCCAAUGGGAUUUAAUCCUUUCUCAGAUCGACGCUUCAUCCUCCUCUAUAAAUAAUCAACUGGACAAAAAAUGUUCUUUUAAAAAUAAUAAAUUCAAAGAUCAGAGGGUAAAAAAGAAGCACGGACGGACGGACGUGGAAGACAGGUGGUCAGAGAGAGAGAGAGAGAGAGAGAGAGAGGGACUAUCGAAAACCCAGCGCAAUGGGAUUCCUGCACCAGCUGCACCUCCUGCUCUGGAAAAACAUCACUCUGAAAAGGAGAAGCCCUUGGGUGCUGGCGUUUGAAAUCUUCAUUCCGUUGGUCCUGUUUUUCAUCCUAUUGGGGUUACGGCAGAAGAAACCCACAAUCCCGGUGAAAGAAGCUUUCUACACAGCUGCUCCAUUGACCUCAGCUGGGAUUUUACCUGUUAUGCAAUCUCUGUGUCCCGAUGGUCAAAGGGACGAGUUUGGUUUUCUACAAUAUACAAAUUCACAAGUUACCCAGCUAUUGGAGAGAAUAAAUGAAGUGGCUGAAGAGAGCAACCUAUUUGAUACAGACAGACCUGGUCUAGCAGAAGAGUUGGAGUCUCUGAAACAUCACGUGGAGUCUCUUAGUAGUGAUCCCAGCUCACUGGAAAACCAUUUUUAUAGCCAACCAGGGUUCAAGCUGGACUCGGUGGUGAAGAACAGAACAGCUUUCCACGAGUUUCUAAGCCAAAACCUGUCCCUCCCAGAGAACAUUGUGGAUUUUCUGGCUGGGUCCACCAUCAAUCCUAAGGAGGUCUACCAUCUAUUUUUUAGCUCCUCGUAUCUAUCUCCAGAAGAUGUGUCUUGGAGAAGUCCAUGGGAUGCGGCCACCACUGCUGGAGAACAGAUCUUUAGUCGUCAUGGGAACAUUCUUGGAAAAUGGAAAUCUUUAAAGGAAGGACUGAUUAACAAGGCUCUGAAGGAUCCACUGAAAUCUUCUCGGCAUAAAGUAGCACUACUUCAGCUUCUAACUUUGGCCCUUGGCCUUGCUGUCCCUAAUAAAUCGGAAGACAGCUAUGAUCCUCAGGUUGUGGUGAAGGAACUGGAGGAUAUCCUCUUUACACCCUCUGCACUGGAAGCCCUCACUUGUGAAGGUAGUUUAGAUGAGUUGGGAAGAAUCCUCAGGGUCUCAGAAAAGACUCGACCACUUCUUUCUUCGUACCAAAGCAUUGUAUGUAACGGCACCAAACCAAUACGCAUGGACCACUUUCGGCAGCUUGCUGGGGAGCUGAAGGACCAAGUGGACGUAUCCAAAACUGUUAGCAGUCUGCGUCUAGAUGAGGUAAACACUACAGCAACUCAACACCACAUGCGAGCCCUUCUCGAAGAUCUGUUGGAAGUUGAGAAGAUCUUGAAAGACGUGGACAUCCUCUCGGGUCUGGCUAAACUUCUGCCCAAGGGAGCGUGUGCAAGCAAAACUCCACCAAACUCUGUGAACUCCACCAGUUGGAAUAACAACUCUACAAGUAGCUCCAACUCCACUGCAGAUGGUGAAGAAACCAAGAAUCAGGGUGAAGAUAAAGAGGACCCGCACAGCCAGUUCUCUGCCUUUGUUCAACUAUGGGCAGGACUGCAGCCAAUCCUGUGUGGCAUCAACCGAACCAUUGAGCCAGAGGCUCUGAAACAAGGAAAUAUGAGUUCACUGGGAUUUACCAACAAAGAACAAAGGAACCUGGGGCUCCUCGUCCAUCUAAUGACCAGCAACCCUAAAAUCCUCUACUCCCCAGUGGGCACUGAGGUUGACAAGGUCAUUCGGAAGGCAAACGAGACCUUUGCUUUUGUGGGGAACGUGACCCAAUACGCGCGGAUGUGGAUGAAUAUUUCUGCGGAGAUACGAGGCCUGCUGGAGGACGGUAUACUGCAGCAGGGAAUUCAGAGAUUACAGCAGUUUACAAGCGAUCUACAGAAGCAUCCUGAGCUGGUGAAUGGCACAGACAGUGAACUCUUGCACAGAGUAAUUAAUGCCAACUUCUCCAUGCCCAAUGCCAGCACCUUGCUACAGCAGUUAGACACCAUCGAUAACGCAGCUUGUGGCUGGACGCAUUUCAUGUCUAAGGUAAGCGUGGACAUCUUUAAAGGGUUUGCGAACGAGGACAGUAUCGUCAACUAUACAUUGAACCAGGCAUAUCAGGAUAACGUCACAGUGUUUGCUAGUGUGAUCUUUCAGACGCGCCCAGAUGGCUCGCUUCCUCCGCACGUUAUGUACAAGAUAAGACAAAACUCCAGCUUUACGGAGAAGACAAAUGAAAUCCGCCGGGCAUAUUGGCGCCCUGGACCUAAUACUGGCGGACGUUUCUACUUCCUGUAUGGCUUUGUUUGGAUACAAGAUAUGAUGGAACGAGCCAUUAUCAACACUAUUGUGGGUCAUGAUGUGGUGGAACCUGGGAACUAUGUCCAGAUGUUUCCGUACCCGUGUUACACACGUGAUGACUUCCUGUUUGUAAUCGAACACAUGAUGCCACUGUGCAUGGUCAUAUCGUGGGUCUAUUCCGUGGCCAUGAUGAUCCAGCAUAUUGUGGCUGAGAAGGAGCAUCGCCUCAAGGAGGUAAUGAAGAUGAUGGGUCUGAAUAAUGCCGUGCACUGGGUGGCCUGGUUCAUCACAGGGUUUGUCCAGCUGUCCAUUUCUGUUACUGCACUGACCGGCAUCCUGAAAUACGGCCAAGUCCUCAUGCAUAGCAACGUCUUCAUAAUCUGGCUCUUUCUCUCCAUCUACGCUGUGGCCACCAUCAUGUUCUGUUUUUUGGUGUCUGUGCUGUAUUCCAAGGCCAAACUAGCAUCCGCGUGUGGUGGUAUAAUCUACUUCUUGAGCUAUGUUCCAUACAUGUAUGUGGCCAUCCGAGAGGAAGUAGCUCAUGAUAAGAUCACCGCCUUUGAAAAGUGCAUCGCUUCCCUCAUGUCUACAACAGCCUUUGGUCUCGGCUCCAAGUACUUUGCCCUCUAUGAGGUGGCUGGCGUAGGGAUUCAGUGGCGCACGUUCAGCCAAUCCCCAGUAGAAGGAGAUGAUUUUAACCUUAUGCUGUCCAUGAUGAUGCUGAUCAUCGAUGCUGUGGUUUAUGGGGUCCUAACAUGGUACAUUGAAGCUGUUCACCCAGGCAUGUAUGGUCUCCCACGUCCCUGGUAUUUCCCUUUGCAGAGAUCUUACUGGCUAGGGAGUGGCCGGAUCGAGUCUUGGGAAUGGUCCUGGCCAUGGUCACGCCCACCACGCCUUAGCAUCAUGGAAGAAGACCAAGCCUGUGCAAUGGAGAGUCGACGUUUGGAGGAGACACGUGGCAUUGAGGAAGAGCCAAACCACCUACCCCUGGUUGUCUGCGUAGACAAACUUACCAAAAUCUAUAAGACCGGAAAGAAACUGGCAUUAAACAAACUAAGUCUAAAUCUCCAUGAGAAUCAGGUUGUUUCUUUCUUGGGGCAUAACGGAGCUGGCAAAACAACCACCAUGUCGAUCCUAACUGGCCUCUUUCCCCCUACCUCUGGCUCUGCGACAAUUUAUGGCCACGAUAUACGCACAGAGAUGAACGAGAUCAGAAAAAGCCUUGGGAUGUGUCCACAGCACAAUGUGCUCUUCGAUAAGCUGACAGUGGAGGAACAUCUUUGGCUCUACUCUCGAUUAAAAGGAAUGGCAGAAGACGAGAUUCGAAAGGAAAUGGACAAAAUGAUCGAGGACUUGGAGCUGUCCAACAAACGCCAUUCUAUGGUCCAAACCUUGUCUGGUGGCAUGAAAAGAAAGCUUUCUGUGGCAAUUGCCUUUGUCGGGGGCUCUAAAGCCGUUAUACUGGAUGAGCCAACUGCAGGAGUCGAUCCUUAUGCAAGGAGAGCUAUAUGGGACCUAAUACUAAAGUACAAGCAAGGUCGGACAAUUCUUCUUUCUACACACCAUAUGGACGAGGCCGACUUGCUCGGGGAUCGGAUCGCCAUCAUUUCUCAUGGGAAGUUAAAGUGCUGUGGGUCACCACUGUUCCUAAAGAGCACGUAUGGAGACGGUUACAAAUUAACAGUAGUGAAAAAACAGAGCGGCCCAGAUUCGGGUAACACCAACAACUUUUGCGUGAGUUCUUGUUCUGAGUCCCGGGUGUCUCAGUUCAUAAAAAAAUACGUGGUAUCCUGUCUGUUAGUUUCGGAUACAAACACAGAAUUGUCCUACAUCCUCCCCAGUGAGUCGGUCAGAAAAGGCUGCUUUGAACGUCUCUUUCAGCACUUGGAGCAGAACCUGAGUGAUCUGGAACUGACCAGCUUUGGACUCAUGGAUACCACCUUGGAAGAAGUUUUUCUCAAAGUUUCUGAAGAAGAUCAGUCUCUGGAGAAUAGUGAUGCAGGUAGAACCCCAAGCAGACACAACUCUCAGCAACAAAACCAAGAUCUGAAAGAGUCCAAGAAAGACACCUUGAGGCCUCUUAUUCAACUUGACACAGCCGAGGAAUCGCCUCAGCUAGUGCAUACCCUUAUGAAACCAGAAGUGGAACUCAACAAUUUUGCCUCCGGUAACCGGCUUGGUCAGUCGCCAGGUUCUCUGAGAUCUGGCUCAUCGUCCUCGGUGGGUUCUGUACGUGGAGAAGAAGGCGGAGCAUAUGCGGAAUUCUACGGUGACUAUUCUCCCUUGUUUGAUAACUCUCAGGAUGCAGAGAACCUGAGUUUGCAUGAUCACGAGACAGAGGAGCUGGUGUUGGAUGGGCAAGGAAGUUACAAGCUGGAGGGAUCAUGGCUCAAACUGCGUCAGUUUCAUGGACUAAUCGUCAAACGAUUUCAUUGCGCCAAGAGGAACACCAAGGCUUUGUUCUCACAGAUCUUACUGCCUGCAUUUUUUGUCUGUGUGGCAAUGACCGUGGCACUUUCUGUUCCUGAAAUUGGUGAUCUACCGCCACUGAUUCUGUCUCCAUCGCAAUAUCACAACUACACGCAGCCCAAGGGGAACUUCAUACCUUACGCCAAUGAGGAGAGGCCUGAAUACAUGAUCAAGCAAUCACCAGACGCUGGGCCUCAACCAAUUGUUAACUCCUUUUACCUGCCGUCUGGCAUCGGAGCAACUUGUGUCCUGAAGACUGCGUUUAAUAGCACAUUGGACCAGUUAGUGCAGUCCCUCAACUUAAACAGCAACGAGUCGAAGAUGUUGGCAGCUCAGUACUUUGACGCCAUGUGUGUGGACUCCUUCACCCAAGGCUUGCCACUCUCUAAUUUUGUACCUCCGCCACCUUCACCAGCCCCAUCUGAUUACCCACCUGAAGAGGACAACUCUCACCCCUGGAAUUCCAGCACCUUCUCACCAACACCUGUCCGAGAAGCUAUUACCACCCCACCGUCUCUCCCGGGACGUAUACACGAGCCAGUAAGGUGCACUUGUUCCAUGCAAGGAACCGGCUUUUCUUGCCCCAGUGGCGUUGGUGGACACCCACCACAGAUGAAAGUAGUGACAGGAGACAUUAUAGUGGACAUUAGUGGGCGUAACGUGUCGGAGUACCUGCUUUAUACAUCAGACCGCUUCCGGCUUCACAGGUAUGGAGCGCUAACAUUUGGAAAUGUUCAGAAAAGUAUCCCAGCAUCCUUUGGAGUUAAAGCACCCCCCAUGCUACGGAAGAUUGCGGUCAGACACACAGCGCAGGCUUUUUACAACAACAAAGGCUAUCACAGCAUGCCGACAUACCUCAAUACCUUGAAUAAUGCCAUUCUUCGAGCCAACCUUGCCAAUCAGAAAAAGACCAAGGGCAAUCCGGCAGCUUAUGGUAUCACGCUAACCAACCACCCAAUGAACAAGACCAGCGCCAGCCUUUCCCUGGACUAUCUUUUACAAGGUACAGACGUGGUGAUCGCCAUAUUCAUCAUUGUGGCAAUGUCCUUCGUCCCUGCAAGUUUUGUGGUGUUCCUUGUGGCGGAGAAAUCCACCAAAGCUAAACACCUGCAGUUUGUUAGCGGCUGCAACCCCGUUAUCUAUUGGCUGGCCAAUUACGUGUGGGAUAUGCUGAAUUAUCUGGUUCCUGCGACUUGCUGUAUCAUUAUCCUCUUCGUGUUUGAUCUCCCUGCAUACACUUCUCCAACCAACUUUCCCGCAGUGCUCUCGCUCUUCCUGCUCUAUGGGUGGUCGAUUACGCCCAUCAUGUACCCGGCCUCCUUCUGGUUUGAGGUUCCAAGUACGGCCUACGUCUUCCUCAUCGUCAUCAACCUGUUUAUUGGUAUAACGGCCACCGUGGCGACAUUCCUGCUUCAACUGUUUGAACAUGACAAGGAUCUGAAGCUGGUAAACAGUUAUUUAAAGAGCUGCUUCCUCAUCUUUCCCAACUACAACCUGGGCCACGGGCUGAUGGAGAUGGCAUACAAUGAGUACAUCAAUGAGUACUAUGCUAAAAUCGGCCAGUUUGAUAAGAUGAAGUCUCCGUUUGAGUGGGACAUUGUAACAAGGGGUUUGGUUGCCAUGACGAUAGAAGGAUUUGUGGGGUUCUUCAUCACUAUUAUGUGUCAAUACAACUUCCUCCGCAAACCACAGCGUCUCCCCAUUUCCAAUAAACCUAUUGAGGAUGAUGAUGUUGAUGUGGCAAACGAGCGGCAGAGGGUAUUGCGAGGGGGAGCUGAUAACGAUAUGCUGAAGAUUGACAAUCUAACCAAGGUAUACAAAUCUCGUAAAAUGGGCCGUAUUCUAGCUGUGGAUCGCCUCUGUGUUGGAGUUCGGCCAGGGGAGUGUUUUGGCCUUCUUGGAGUGAAUGGAGCAGGGAAAACCACUACCUUCAAAAUGCUAACGGGGGACGAGAGCACGACAGGGGGAGAGGCUUUCAUUAAUGGCCACAGUAUCUUGAAGGAUCUUCUUCAGGUCCAGCAGAGUCUUGGAUACUGUCCGCAAUUCGAUGCAUUAUUCGAUGAGCUGACGGCGCAGGAGCACCUGGAGCUGUAUACGCGUCUGCGUGGCAUUCCCUGGAAGGACGAGGAGAGGGUGGUGAAAUGGGCGCUUGAGAAGCUGGAACUCAGUAAAUACGCAGAUAAACCCGCAGGAACGUACAGUGGUGGAAACAAGAGAAAGCUGUCCACUGCCAUCGCUCUCAUCGGCUACCCCUCUUUCAUCUUUCUGGAUGAACCCACCACAGGGAUGGACCCCAAAGCACGACGCUUCCUGUGGAACCUAAUUCUUGACAUCAUUAAGACGGGGCGUUCCGUGGUCCUGACAUCACACAGCAUGGAGGAAUGUGAAGCACUUUGUACGAGGCUGGCGAUUAUGGUAAACGGGCGGCUCAAGUGUCUCGGCAGCAUUCAGCAUUUAAAAAACAGGUUCGGGGAUGGCUAUAUGAUUACAGUGAGGACGAAAUCCAGCAGUAAUCUCAAGGAAGUGGUUCGGUUCUUCAACAGGAACUUCCCAGAAGCAGUGCUCAAAGAAAGACACCACACCAAGAUACAGUACCAGCUGAAAUCGGAGCAGGUCUCCUUAGCCCACGUGUUCAGUAAGAUGGAGCAGGUGCUGGACGUUUUGGGCAUUGAAGAUUAUUCCGUCAGUCAGACAACCUUGGAUAACGUGUUUGUGAAUUUUGCCAAGAAGCAGAGCGAUAACUUGGAGCAACAAGAAGCUAUCCCCAAUUGUGCUGUCCCAUCCCCUCUAGAAAAAGUAAUCAGCUUGCUGAGACCCCGAACGACUCCCACAGAGCUGCGGUCACUUGUGGUGGAAGAGCCCGAAGAUCUAGAGACAGAUGAUGAGGGUCUAAUCAGCUUUGAGGAGGAAAGGGCCCAGUUGGCAUUCAACACUGACACACUCUGCUAAGAAAGGGACCACCAACAUUAUAUGGCGCAAGUUGACUCCCAUCUUGUUCUGCUCUUAAAACUGCUCCAGAAAAGGGGUUCCCCCCAACCGUACAGUGUUCAUCAGCAUUGUCCAUUUGUAAGUUUGCCCCCAACAAACACCUACAGUUGGGGUACUAUUCGGGAAGAAUGGAACAAGUAAUCCGGUCCCUGGACUGAAGUGACUGGUUAUCCUUUGGUUUGCAGCAGGAUACUGUAAGGCUUCCUAAGACAUGUUAGGCCUGCCCAAAGUAUGUCUAUUCAGCUUGCUGCAAUUGAGCUGAAGCCUAGAAGACUGGUCAAUAUGUUUUUAACCUGGGCUUCUGCUGUCCUACCCUGGGCUGAACGAAAUCCAAGCAUUAAUGGACUCGGCUUGGCUAUAGACUGGCUUUCACCUCCUACCUGGUGCUACCACCAAUGACGGACGGACAUGUCUUCUGCUGUGUUUUAGCGGUGGUUCCCUUUUGUUCUAUGCCGCAUUGGGGAACACCUAAGCUUCAGCAUCCUGCGAGCACCUGGAUGGAGGGUCUUGCCGCUGCCUCUGAUUCUCUUAACUCAUUGUUCUUUUUAACCCAUCAGCAGAUCUGGUGCGAUUAUUUUUCUCCGUGGGCAUUAUGUAGUCUUUUAUUUGUUGAUUUUUGCUGUUAUCUGUGCUGAACCCUGUCUGUGAAAUACUAUGUGCCAUUCACUGUUUGAAGUAUCGUCGCAGAGGGUGCCCAUUUGGGGCAUUUUAGAAUCUGCACUGCCAAAAAAAACAAUAUGGGAAUUGUAUGUGUGUGUAUAUAAUGCUUUAUUUUGUGUUUUAUUUUUGGUUCUCUCUCAAAAUUGCAAAUGAAAUGACCAAACAUGCACUUUAACUCCAAA